AUGGUGAUGGAGGGAUGGCAGGAACGGAGACAUUCUUCAUCAGAAUCCAUCCCUAAGAAAUCCGCAUCAAUAUCGAAGAAAUCUAGCACCACCGUUCAUGUCACCGAAACAACGACAACGGGUGGCCCAAUGGACACGCAUGGCAUCGACCUUAGCUCGCUAAGCGGAUCGGCACACCAUCACUACGGCGUUCGUGGCCAAGACUCACUCAACAGCCUGGCAGACAGUGCUCAUCACCAACACGACCAGCGUUACGAUGCUCGAGCUGCGCUACUUCACAACGCCCAGGAGCCGGCAUACGAUGGGUAUGGGUUUUCCACUCCUGCGACAGGACAGCAGCAACAACAUGCACAGCAUCAGCAGCAGUUUCAGCAGCAGCAGCAAUACCAACAGCAACAGUAUCAACAGCAGUAUCAGCAGCAGGUUCCGGUUCAGCCUCCUCCAUAUGUAGCAGCAAAUUAUUUGGGACCGCCAAACGAGAAUAGCAGGUCAUUUCGUAUGCGAAAGCCGAAUUGUGGCUUCUGGCACUCGUCAUGGAAUAUGUAUCUCUGGCUUGUCCUCGGAAUAUGCUUUGCUAUUGGUCAUCACGCAUUUUACCACACCCUAGACGGGAAACCCGCAGACGACCAAGUGCGCAUGCUGCGGUAUGGGACAAUUCUUGCAUUCGCGGCGAAAGCGAGCUUGGGCGCGGCUGUGAUAUCGGCAUAUCAGCAGCGCAUUUGGACGACGGUGAGGUCAAGAGUUUUGAGUAUUGCGGCUCUCGAUUCCAUGUUUGCUGCCACUGAGAAUCUCAUCUCACUUCUGAAUUGGGAAUUUCUCAGAGGCGCCAAAGCUGCUGCCGCUCUUGCAUUAUUUGUCUGGCUCUCCCCGUUAGUCGUUAUUCUUACAGCAAAUACACUUCUUGUGCAGCCCCAGGUUACGGUUGAAAAUACCACUUGUCCAGGGGUUCGCAGCUUGAAUUUCGCAAUGGAAGAGACAAACGACUGGCGCAAGCCCAUCAGGAUCGACGGGCUCUACGAGAUGCCGCUGUCCUUUUGGAACACAACCAAACCAUCUGGUAAAAACCCCCCAGGAUGGUUUGAUUACUACACUGGGCCUAGUCCCAACUUCCAACAGACUGCAACUCUCGGUGCAUAUUUCCAAGAAGUUGUCUCUAGAAAGAACGCCUCUGUGGAGGUUUGCAGUAAAGGCUGGAAUUGUACCUUCGAGAUUGAGUUCAAAGCCCCUGGGUACAAAUGUACAGAGUUAGCACAUGGGGUUGACUCACAACUCAAGAAUCUCACUCAAGAGUCAGGCGAAGCGAAAUCGCCAUUCGGGACUGACCUUCUGCUUCCCAAAGGCACAUUUGCAUAUUACGCGUUUACCAGUGGAGGCGAGUACUCAACAACGCAGAUGAAGGACGUUGAGAUCGGUGGCAUACCGAGGAUGGAUCCCCCAUAUCCGGAGCACAUGGGAGCUUUUCGCACCGAACCCGUCAUCUGGAUUGGUCAUGUUGUGUCUGGACGCAACGAUAACGCCAAAGUCCAGGUCGGAGACGAUUUCAAUUUCAUCCCUGUGAUCUUUGCAUGCGAGCACUACGAAACAGAGUACACAGCGGUCUUUAAUUAUACAGAUGCCACGCAAUCGGCCUAUAUAAAGAAGCGCAGGUUUCUCGGCCCUAUCGUCAACACGACUUAUAUCCCUGGCCUUGACGCAGCAGACGGCACUGCAGAUAACGUCACAGCCACCCCGAAAGAGAACUAUGUUCUCCCGACUGAUGUCGAGAAAUACCGCCGCACGGCUGCGUACCACUCUCUUGGCUUCAUGCUGCGGAAGUUCCUCAACGGCACUGUACAGACGGAUAAAACGUUGGUUAACCCCGUGACGAACACUGACGCAAUCCAGACCAAACUACUGGACCCCAGAAACAACUUCUUUCCGCAUGAGAACCUGAUGGAGAUGGUGCAAAGUUUCUACGAGGACCUAAUUUUGUCCAUAUUUUCAAUGCCACAGUUCCUGCCCGUUGUUUGGGCCGCUGCACCGAACGAGAUGUCAGGGCAGCUUCUCCAAGGCGGUGGUCCAAAUAAUAGGUCUGCGUACAGGUAUCCCUGUCAACGCUCGCGCAUGGCCAACUUGUACAGCUAUCAUGUCCGCGACCUGUGGAUAGUGUAUGCGAUCGCGAUAUUUCUUGCCAUCAUGGGUGUCUCUGCCGGCGCGUUCGCAGUCAGGGAGAACGGCGGUGUGCUACGGGACACGCGAUUUUCAAGCAUUGUGGCUGCUACCCGAGGCCCGGCUUUGGAGAAGGUGAAUUGGGAGGGUCCAGAUCGAGACCACGGAGAUGUCCCCAAGGAUAUCAAGCAAUUGAAGCUUGGAUACGGCGUGAUGAACCCAAGCUUGGGUAGCCCGGGUGGCGGGAAUGGAGCAGUCCCUCAGCAGAGCCCGACGUGGACUCCCAAUGAGGUCAAGUGCGGAUUUGGUUUAGAGGGUGAUGUUAAUCAAAAUAAGAGGGAAGGUUCAUUAUUUCACCGAUAA